AUGUCCGACCCGCUCUUCUCGGUCGAUUCGAAAAUCGCGCUCGUCACGGGCGGCGGCACAGGGAUCGGGCGCAUGGUCGCCACCGCUCUUGCCCAACGCGGUGCCAAGGUGUACAUCGUCGGGAGGAGGGAGGAGAAGUUGCAAGAGGUCGUCAAGGAGACUGGUGAGAACUGAAGGUGUGGCGUGGUGUGCUGUGGGUGGUGGGGCUGACGAAAUGACGUACGGUGUGAUCUCGCGCCAACAGCGUCGUACAUGGGCUCGAUCGUCGCGUGAGCAACUCUUCCGCCUCUGCUCUGUUGCCUGUUCACCGACAGCUGAAGUGCGCGCUUUCACGCAUCGCUUACAGUCUUCCGGGCGACGUCUCGAACAAGGAUGGGAUCCUCAAGGUCGUCGAGGUCAGUUUUCGUCUAGACGCCCCCACAUGCUCCUCUCGAGGCGAUCGGCCCUGCGAGUUACCACUGACGAUCACUUGCGCCCAUCCCUCCGAAUAGACUUUCAAAACCAAGGAGAAAUCUCUCAACAUCCUCGUCAACGCCGCCGGGAUCCUACGGAUGGAUCCCGUCAAAGCCGACCCGGACGACAGCAAGUUCUUCGCGCCCUACCGUGUACGACCCCACUAUCGCACUCGCACUAAAACUAAACAACCCCUCUCCUGCUCAACACAGCCAAGAACCUCGCCGAAGCGCUCCUGUCCGCCCCGUGGGUCGACUGGCAAGACUCGAUGGGGAUGAACGUCUCUGCGCUCUACUUCCUCAGCGUCGGCUUCGCGCCUCUCCUGCACCAGGCUUACCUCGACUCGCCUUCGUCAGAGGAUGCGCCCAAAGAAACCCCGGUGGUGAUCAACAUUGGGUCGAUUGCGGGGAUCCAUAACGCUGUGAGCUGCAGCCAACUUAUCAUGUAACUUCUCCGAGUUUGCUUGGAAGCUCAGUCUUGCACCCCUGGCGAUCAUCAGAGGGACGCGGCCUCGGUCUCGUACCAGACCUCAAAGUCGGCCGUCAUCCAUCUCACCAAGUGCCUCGCGAGUCGCUUCUUGCCCCUCCGAAUCCGAGUCAACUGUAUCGCACCAGGGUGAGUCAAAGAUAUCGAUCACCAGCCAACGUCUUUCGAAUAUGCAUGCUAAUUUUGGUGACGUUGAUUUUUGCGGCGGCGCAGACUCUUUCCAUCGGAGAUGACGAACAGCGACCCCAAGGAGAUCCGCAACACGCACAAGACCCACUUCAAGGCCAUGCCAGAAGGUGGCAAACUUUCAGUCAAAAUAACUUCCUGUGAGCCCUUCAGCUGACACGAUCGUAUCGCCGCUGCACUCGCAGGUCGCGCCGGAGCACCCGAGGACAUCGCCGGUCCGGUCCUCCUCCUCGCCAGUCGAGCUGGAGCGUACAUGAACGGCAACACGCUCGAUGUCUCUGGCGGUCGAACAUUGGUGCGUCUUGACUCGCAACAUGAGAUCAAGCGUUCUCUUCGCUUACAUUGCAGUCAUCGUCGUACAGUUGUUGAGCGCGUCCAUCAUCCCCGACGCUUGA